AUGGCGGUAAAGGCCUUGACCAAAGAUCCUGUCCGGGUGCUCAUCACCGGUGCCGCAGGUCAGAUCGCCUACUCACUGGCGCCCCUCAUUGCCAAGGGCUACGUGUUUGGUGAGAAGCAGCCUGUGAUCCUGAACCUUCUAGACAUCCCGCAGAUGAUGGAAAUCCUCAAUGGUAUUGUCAUGGAGCUUCAGGACUGCGCGUUCCCCUUGCUGAAAAAUGUCGUGGCCACAGAUGACGAAAAGCUUGCCUUCACUGGCAUUGACGCAGCCAUCUUGUUAGCCUCAUAUCCCUUGAAACAAGGCCAGACGCGCAAGGAUCUCCUGACUCCGAACGCCAAGAUCUACGAGAGCCACGGGCGCUGCCUCAACCUGUACGCCAAGAAGACCGUGAAGGUGCUGGUAGUCUGCAGCCCGCCGAACACUAUCGCGCUCAUCUGCUCCAGGUACGCGCCGUCCAUACCCAAGGAGAACUUCUCAGCUUUGACGCGCAUCGACCACAAUAGGGCUAGAUUCCAGAUUGCCCAGAAGCUAAAGGUGUCGCCUGGGGACGUGCGGAACGUGAUCGUCUGGGGGAAUCACUCGUCUACUCUGUUCCCGGACGCCAGUUACGCGAAGGUGAAAAUGCAGGACGAGACAGUGAAGGUCACCGAAGCUCUCAAGGACGAAGCCUACCUGCAAGGAGAAUUCAUUACCACAGUGCAGGAACGCGGUUUUGCUGUGUUCGCCGCGCGCAAACGCACCAGCGGAAUAACUACAGCCAGCGCAGCAGCAGAUCAGUUGCACGACUGGUGGCAAGGAACCCCUCAGGAUGAGUGGGUGUCCAUGGCGGUGAUGAGCGAUGGCUCGUAUGGUGCCCCAGCCGGAGUGGUCUUCAGCUUCCCAGUUCGGAUCGAUACUCACCGUCGCUGGCACGUCGUGGGCGGACUAGUGCUGUCAGACUUUGCCCGGAAAAUGAUCCAAGCCUCGGGAAAGGAGCUCGUCGACGAACGAAACGAAGCCCUAGCUAUCUGCAAGGACUGAGGGCCGAGAACCAAUGCAUACUUACACAGCACGCUCUGGACGUUCAUCGUUUCCUUCUAUACCCGGGUCUCGUCACUUGCCGCUUUAACUACUAUCAAGCAUAAGAGGCUUUUGUUUAAUCUCUCUCUGACCCUGGAUUCCUGAGUG